UGGUCUUGUCGUGUCGGCUCAAGCUCGCUCCUUACUGUCUCCCUCUCGUAUUUACUCGGAGCUCGUGAAAGCUCCUCUCUUUGAUUUAUCUAUACAUACACGUAGUGUACUUUUACGUUCUUUAGUCUCUCAAAAUCAUGGAGGCUCCUUGUAUGAAUAAGCUUAAGCAGAAGGAGUUCACUUUAGCAUCCCUCACUGAUCUCACCUCCUCCUCGUCAUCUCCUGUUGUAGCUACGUUCUCCUGCGUUGAUGAAGUCACGGAACUUCGGUUUCAGGAAUCUGAAUCGGCUGAUAGUUUCAGUUUUGAUCUUAGCUCCGCUCAGUUGUUCAAGUUGGGGGCGCUUCAGUUGGUCUGUGUGUGUGAUAGUUCGAAUUCCACUAAAGAGAAUUCAUUUUCUCGAGGGGUUGUAAUAAAGUUUAGAGAUGAGAAGGAAAGCAAGGAUUUUUGUGAUUCGUUCGAGGAAUGGACAAAGGAUGCUGUUACAAAAGGAUCAUGCUUGCCGAACGGAACAGUUUCAUAUAGUUCAAGCAAGUUUGACAAUAAGAUAGAGGCUGCCUCAGCCAAAAUGUAUUUCCAUUACUAUGGGCAACUUCUACAUCAGCAAAACAUGCUACAGGAUUAUGUGAGGACUGGUACUUAUCAUGCUGCAGUCAUGGAGAAUCGUUCAGACUUUUCAGGCCGUGUUGUGGUCGAUGUGGGUGCUGGAAGUGGCAUUUUGUCAAUGUUUGCUGCACUGGCUGGUGCCAAGCACGUGUAUGCUGUGGAAGCGUCAGAGAUGGCUGAUUAUGCCCGUAAGCUGAUCGCUGGAAACCCAUUGCUUGCUGAACGGAUCACGGUCAUCAAGGGAAAAAUUGAGGAUGUUGAGUUGCCUGAGAAGGCUGAUGUUUUGAUCUCUGAACCAAUGGGCACCUUAUUGGUCAAUGAGAGGAUGUUGGAAACAUAUGUUAUUGCUAGGGACCGUUUUCUGUCUCCAAACGGAAAAAUGUUUCCAACAGUCGGAAGGAUCCACAUGGCACCUUUCGCCGAUGAAUUCUUAUUUAUUGAAAUGGCAAAUAAGGCUUUGUUUUGGCAGCAUCAGAACUAUUAUGGAGUUGAUUUGACACCUCUUUAUGGAUCAGCUCACCAGGGUUAUUUUUCCCAGCCUGUGGUUGAUGCAUUUGAUCCAAGAUUAUUGGUGGCUCCCUCGAUGUUUCAUGUGAUAGACUUCACUAAGAUGAAGGAAGAACAAUUUUACGAGAUUGAUGUUCCGUUGAAGUUCACAGCGUCUGUGUGUACCAGAGUUCAUGGACUUGCGUGCUGGUUCGACGUUCUCUUUGAUGGGAGCACGGUGCAAAGAUGGUUCACGACUGCUCCUGGUGCACCAACUACCCAUUGGUACCAAAUAAGAUGCGUUCUCUUGCAGCCUAUUCAUGUCAUGGCAGGGCAAGAGAUCACUGGUAGACUUCAUUUGGUUGCCCACAGUGCUCAGAGUUACACUAUAAAUCUAAAUCUCUCAGCUAAAAUGUGGGGCCCCGGUGCCAAUCAAGGUGGAAUCCUCCAAACAUCAUCGUGCAAACUGGACUUGAAGGAACCUUAUUACAGAAUGUCUCAGCCGCAGGUAUACCCUGUUGCACAAGAACCACCAGCACAACCGCAAGACUUACAGAUACAGAGUGAUGACUUGGAAGAAGUAGAGUUACUACAACAAAACACAAACGCUCAGUUCUAGAAUGCAAGAUCCUUGCCAUUGCUUUCAUCCACGCCAUGUUUCUGUACUUUAGUGUUUGGUUUCCGUGGUUUUAGCUCCGACCCAUUCACCUUUUAAGACGUCGAAUCUUACGUAUUUAUGUUGGGUCCGAGUCCAUCUAAACUAUGUAUCACUACAUGGUUUUU